UAAGACAAGUCCAGCCCACAAGCCUUCCAAGCAACACAAGUCCACAAGCUGCAAGGAGAGCUAAAGCCACCUUACGCAGCUGAAGUGUUCUGUUCUUCAAGCUGAUAGACUGGAGGCUAAGUAACAUGAUAAGCAGAUUUUUCACUUGUGAGCUGGCUUUAUUGCAUUUCUGUCUUUCUUCUGGCUUCUAUCAACCAGAGACGUUGCCUGAUAUUGGAGAUGCAGAGUUCAUUGAGGAAUGUGUGAGAACGCACAACAGAUUCCGGUCUGGAGUGAGCCCCCCAGCCAGCAACAUGUUGUACAUGAGUUGGGAUCCAGACUUGGCAAAGACUGCAAGAGGUUGGGCAAAGAGAUGCGAGUUUAAACAUAACAUAUACCUCCAAGAGCCAGGGCAGGCUCACCCCAGAUUUACUCCUGUUGGAGAAAAUCUCUGGACUGGCUCACUUUCAAUUUUUUCAGUGCAAGGAGCCAUCACCUCUUGGUACAAAGAGGUUGGAGACUACACAUACACCAGCAAUAGCUGUAGCAGAGUAUGUGGCCAUUACACACAGGUCGUUUGGGCUCAAAGCUACAAGGUUGGCUGUGCUGUCCACUUCUGUCCCACAGUGUCAUACUUCUCAGGAACCAACGCAGCACACUUCGUCUGCAACUAUGGGCCAGCUGGGAAUUACAGACGGCACCCAUAUGAGACAGGAGCAGCAUGCAGCAAAUGCAACGGCGAGCAGUGCGCUGACAAUCUGUGUCGAAACACUGAGCGUGACAAAGUCAUUAGUGAUUCUAGGUGGCACCCAGCUUGGGACAGACCUGCCUGCGAUGAGUACUGCAUCUCUGUGGUUGUUUUAAGGCUGUUACUUCUUAUUCUGAGUAUUGUAGCCACUUGGAUCCUACCCAAAUACUGGUCCAUAACACCUGCCACCAAGUAACUCAUAGAAGGCUGUGGCAGCACUGAGGUUGAUUCGUCCUCUCCCUGUGCUUAAGCUACUGGCAGUGCUGAGAUGGAUGGAGAUGUUGUUUGCAUCCAUAAAUCAUUCUAAAUAUAGAAAUACCAUCCCCAUUUCAUGGAGGAGCUGGCAGAGCUGAUAAGGAGCCUUCUCAUUGUUCAGAAUCAGUAGCUGUUUUUAAAUUACCUGCUUAUUUUUCCAAAGUGGAGCACUGUGGCAGAGAUGGGUGUGCCAUGGAACAGCUUGCCACACUUCCCAGGGAGGGAGUGGGGUGUCUGCAGCCCAGCAGAGCAGACUCCUCUAUACCUAUUGAGCUCUCCUCCAGCGAGACGCAGCAGCAUGGUUUUGGGUAGCCUGGAGAGAUUUUCUUCUAUCAUUUAUAGCUUUUUUUUUUUACCUCAUAAUUUUUGGGUACAGGUGAGUUCCAGCAUGUGAAUCCCACAGCAGGCAGUGCGUUUCCCUGUAUCGCAGUGCACAGGGACCACUGGCAUUUCUCUUUGCUUAGAAUCUGUUUUCAAACACACAUCAUCUCUGCCAAGACACAGAGCUUCACCCGUGUUUAAAUGUGACUCUGCACCACCUUAAACUUUUUUUUUUUUCUUUUUCUGAGCAUGAGGUUUCUGAUUUCUGCUUCAAACAAUAAACCACUAUUUCCUGCC